UGUGUGUGCACUGGGAGGGUUUUCCUUGAAGUGGGAGACAGGGGAAGGAAGUGUGGAGAUUUAUGGCAGUCUUUUUGUACAACAUGUGUAGUAUUUGUAUAUAUUAAGAAUGUGAGAAGGAACAGGAUGACAUUUUUUGGUCUAUUCAUUAAGAAGAGAUCAAACAUAUCAGAUAAUGAAUGUAAUUAUAUUAAUCUGGAACAUUGCGAUAUGUGUGACAGGAAAUGCAUUGCACACUUAUUUGGUCUUUUUUUGCCAGGACUCUGGUUAAAACUAGCACACUAUAUGGGGAAUAGGGUGCCAUUUUGGACACGGGGUAGGUGUUAGGGAGUUGAUCUGUUUUUUGCGAAAACACACUCCACUCAACACGGACUCCAACAGCUGAUGGAUUGGCUGGCUAGGUGUCUCUGUGGAGAGAGUUAAACACAACAGGAAAAGUCAUCAUUCUGCUGGGGCAUUUUUCCCUGAGAGGAGGGUGUCUGAACAGUCAAGCUCAGAUCUCACUAUCUCAGCCCUCAGCCUGUUAUUUUACCAAAUGCUUUUCUUCGUUCCUAUUCGCUGGAAACACUUCACCAAGAAAGUAUACGCUGUCUCCAAGUUUGUUGAACAUUGAGCAUUUUUAAAACAUAUAAUCUCUAAAAUAAUAUACUAGCCAACGGUAUAUAAACCAACAAUGCAAAAUUGUUUCCUUUUUCAAAGUUAAAUAUCAUUGUAAAAUGUGUUAUAUAUACUAGGUCUAUGUGAAUGUCAUAGCCUACUCAAUAUUGUGUGUAGAGGAAAAUAAAGUUAUUGUACUAUGAUUAAGCAAUAAGGCAGAGGGGUUGUGGUAUAUGGCCAAUAUACCGCCGCUAAUGGGUGUUCUUAUGCACCACGCAACGCAGAGUACCUGGACAUAGCCCUUUACCAUGGUAUAUUGGCAAUGUACCACAAACCCCCGAGGUGCCUUAUUGCUAUUAUAAAUUGGUUACCAGCCUAAUUACAGCAGUAAAAAUAAACCUUUGGUCAUACCAGUGGUACAAGGUCUUAUAUACAACAGCUUUCUGCCAAUCAGCAUUUAGGGCUCAAGGAUGGGGGCAUAAUAAUAGGUCUACACAAUAGGCUGUCGCUGAUUCUUUAAGCCAUACUGGGAAUCCCCCUUGGAGGGUCCCCAUCACAGGUUGUGGUAAGCACACGAGCAAUGGUUGUGGGACAAAACACAGUAAACGGAAGGUAUUGUCAAUCUGAAUUCACGUCCGGAUUUCACGAAGUCGGCGGUGACAUCGCUGGAUUUCGACCAAGGCUAGAACUGUCACUUUCACUAGAGCCCACGUUUGGCUUCUUGAUCUGUGAUAGGCCGGUAUUGCUGUUGGGAAGAUCCGCUGGUAUGAGCUAACAUGGAAACCAAACCAUUCCUUUCUUUUGGCUUCCUCAAGAGCCAGUGCUCGAUAGCCCCACCUCCUCAGCGAUGGUGUCCGGGGGAGACGGGCGGCUCGCCCACAGCAUGCUUGUGCUUCACAGGCAUUUGCCCACUUCACCAGCACAGGAGACCCACAGACCCCUCCGGUCAGCUGUCCUCACCAUCGCUCAGCUCACACCACGCCCAUAGGGGAAUGGGUGCUCACCCCUUGCACCCAUCUCUGCUCAUCCCGUCCUCUGUGAGCUCCUCAGGCCCUCCACACUCACCCAUCUGCACGCUGAGCUCGCCCAUCACCAGCCUGGCUUUGCCCUUUUCUGUCAGCAGCCGCCCAGCGGGACACCACUCUACCUCCUCCAGCAUGGGCAUCAGCCCGCAGCUCAGCUUCCCAGUGAUCUCCAGUGGCAGCAGCAUUAUCAGCACAGAGGACAUCAAACCCCCACUGGGCCGAAACAGAGUGCUAAAGAUUCCUGCUCAGCCCACAUGCACCUGUCUCUCCCUUAACAAACACAUCUGUGCCAUCUGUGGAGACCGCGCCUCAGGUAAACACUAUGGAGUAUAUAGCUGUGAAGGUUGCAAGGGCUUCUUCAAGAGAACAGUGAGGAAAGAGCUGAUGUAUACCUGUCGAGACAACAAGGACUGUCUGAUUGACAAGCGCCAACGCAACCGAUGUCAGUACUGCCGCUACCAGAAGUGUCUGGCCAUGGGCAUGAAGAGAGAAGCUGUGCAGGACGAGCGCCAGAGAGCUAAGGAGAGGCGCGAGAGUGAGGCGGACUCGUUAGGUUGUGCUAAUGAGGACAUGCCUGUGGAGAGGAUAGAGGAGGCAGAGCUCGCCGUGGAGCCAAAGACCAAGACAUACAUCAAGGGGAGCCUGGGCGUGCCCACCAACUCACCCAAUGACCCUGUGACCAAUAUAUGCCAGGCAACAGACAAGCAGCUCUUUACCUUGGUGGAGUGGGCCAAGAUGAUCCCCCACUUCUCAGAGCUGGCCCUGGACGACCAGGUCAUCCUCCUAAGAGCAGGGUGGAAUGAGCUCCUCAUAGCUUCUUUCUCCCAUCGCUCCAUCACUGUGAACGACAGCAUUCUGCUGGCAAACGGACUCCAAGUGCAUCGCAACAGCGCCCACACUGCAGGGGUGGGGGCCAUCUUUGACAGAGUGCUGACUGAGCUGGUGUCUAAAAUGCGAGACAUGCAGAUGGACAAAUCUGAGUUAGGGUGCCUUCGAGCCAUCGUUCUCUUCAACCCAGACUCCAAAGGCUUGUCAAACCCAGGGGAGGUUGAGACUCUCAGAGAAGGGGUGUAUGCUUCACUGGAGGCAUACUGUAAACACAAAUACCCCGACCAACCAGGAAGGUACUGGUCAUUGUUUGGUCAUCACCAAAUAUUUGAUGAACCUACUUCUACGAUUUGCCAAACUGUUACUUCGAUUGCCAGCCCUACGUUCCAUUGGCCUCAAGUUUCUCGAGCACCUGUUCUUCUUCAAACUGAUAGGGGAUACACCCGUUGACACAUUCCUCACGGAAAUGUUGGAAGCUCCACACCAAAUGACGAAACAGCACUGCAGUUAAAGACUGUCUGUCCAAUACUUGCCUCAAAACGAAGAGAACUGGUAAUUUGCCUGAUUGACAGACUAAGUUUGAACACAAGAACUAGUGGACAGCAAACCUAUGGCUUUGUUUAAUGUACAGUAGGUGUAUUUAUCAUAGUUUUGUGUCAAAGAGAAAUGUCUUGAAGAUAAGGGCCAGAGUCUGCAACAACUCAAAGCAUGAGACCUUUUUCACAAUGAAUGAUAAUGUCUUCUCGCUUCAGAUUCAACACUGAACAUUGUCAUAACUGAUCAAGACUCCGUGCCACAAACCAGCGACCUCAUCAUCCUCCUGCCUUAGACAGGUCUACCUCUUGUAGUCAUUCUCAUAUUCUGUGAUAAUAACAACAUGAUCCGGCAAAACUCAUUGUCUAGGAUUAUCUCCUGUUAAACAUGUAACCCCCACCUCAGUCUCUCGUAGUUGGUCUUCUCCUCCUCAACGAGCAUGUUCUCAUGUGACUAUAUACGGCAGACAUGAGGGUAAUGCAUUUUUAACUGGAACCCCUUGACAGGGAAAAUGGUUCAGGUAACUUCAGCUCAAAACCAAAGGUAUUUUUUCUACUCCUAGCACUUAACUUUGUCAAGCAGAGAAUGGCUCCAGUCAGUAGCUCACUGUGAGGACAGAGGAGGCUGAUGGGAGGAGCUAUAGGAGGACGGGCUCAUUGUAAUGGCUGGAAUGAAAUAAAUGGAAUGGUAUCAAACACAUCAACCAUAUGGAAACCUCAUGUUUGACUCCGUUCCAUUUAUUCCAUUCUAUUAUAAUGAGCCCAUCCUCCUAUAGCUCAUCUCACCAGCCUCCACUGUAUGACUAGCAUGCAAAUGUAGUGGGGAGGAUCAAUAAAGGGGUCAGUCUUCACUAAUGAUAAUUCACAUAUCAACAUGUAGUGCUCUUUUCUGUAUUGCUAUGGGGGUUUUAUGCUGCUGCUGUUUGCUUUGUGUCGGUAUUUCCAAAGAGUAGCAGUGGUAAACAUCUUCCAAUGUAUAGAAUGAUGCGUCGGUGUGUAGGUCAGUGUUUCCCAACACCAGUUCACGAGUACCCCCAACAGCAAACAUUUUUGUUGUAGCCCCAGACAAACUCACCUGAUUCAACUCAUUGAUGGCCUGAUGAUUCGUUGACAAGUAGAAUCAGGUGUGCUUGUUUGGGGCAACAACAAUGUUUACUGGUAGGGGUACUGGAGGAAUGGAGUUGGGAAACCCUGGUGUAGGGGACUGUCUGUAAGUGACUCUCUGUAGUGUCUGAGAGAUAUAAUACACACAUAAGGUCUCUGCCGCCAACUGGUGCAUCACACAAAAGUAAUGCAACUGUCCAAGUACAUUAGGACAUGAGAAGAUAGCAGUGUUGUAAUUACUCAUUGCUACAAUGUGUUACAAUGUUACUUACAGCAGUAACCCUAUCCAUAACUCCUAAACCUAACCAAUCCUAUCGUACAUUAUUCAAGUGUAAUACUGGGUAAGUGCAAUACUUGUUAGACUGUAAUACCAGGAAUAAUUACACUGUGAUAAGGGCACUGAAAUUUAAAUUCUAACCCACAUUUCCCAGCCCAUGUAUAACAGAAGACAGACAAGAGAAUAAUGAUUGAUGAGAUCAAAAGAUGGCAGAGAAUUUUUAAGAAUUGUUUCAGUCAGAAGUACAAUAUUCAGGUAGAGCAGCCAGGAAUAUUUUUGGAACCUCAGAUUUACUUUAAUUGUAUUUAUUUUAACCUUUAUUUGAUCAGGGAGUCCUACUGAGACCAAGAGCCCUGAAUAACAGAAAUUCAAAAAUUCAAGCAGAAAGAAAAUACAGUUAUAAAAAACUGUUCAUUUAAAAAUGAAAUAACCACCAAUAAAUGAACAAUAGCAGCUAACAUAGCCUGCAUCUCGUUCAACCACGUUUUUUAAAGCAGAUCUAUUAGUUCGUAUUUUAGCGUCAUCAUUGCUUACUGAGCCACUCAGGACUAGUGUAUUUAGGAUGAACAAUAAUCUUGUUUUGUUUUCCUAAUUUAAAACAUGGCAACAUGUCGUUUAAAGGGGCAAUCUACAUCCAUUUUUGGUAUUUAAAGAUAAUGAUAUAUAGCCAUUGAAUAUUGAAGAAUAUAGGUUAUGAAGGUGUCAUGAGCUCAGUUCAACUGUCUUACUCCACCAAACUGUUGUUUACUGGGAAGUAAACCAAGAACAAAUGUAGUUCAAAGGGAUGUUUAAUGAUUUAUUUAUUCACUGUCUUUAUUUGACCUGUUCUGUUUAGAGAGCAUGUAUUACUGGCUUACCUGAGCAGAAAACUCGCUGCAGACCUGGCUACAUUUACACAUGCUGCUCUAGGCCAGUUAUAGCUGAUGUCACAUUUUGCAAUGCACCCAUUCAACCCAAUGCACCCAUGAUGUCCAUUCCCCAAUGAUGUGUAGUUUUAAAUCAUGUGUUUGCCAUGUCUUGUACAACUUGUUUGUUUUUAUAAUAUAAUACAAAUAUUAAUGGUGUUAGCUAUAAAGGUGGCAAGGUGUGAAUACACUAUUCUGAUGGCCUUUUCUGCCUGUGCAAAUAGGAAGUUUAUCAUCAGCUUGUACUUCACUGUUACUUAUUAAAGGCCUGGAAGCUUUUCAAUAGUAAAACUUUUCUUAUGAUACUUAUUUAAACAGAGGACCCAAUCAUGUGUAGGGUACAGCCUCUGUCAGCACAGUGUCUAGGGUACACUGUUUAAAUAAGUAUCAUAUGAAAUGUUUUUCUAUUGAAAAGCUACAUGCUAACUAUCUGUAA